CAUAAAAUAAAUAUCAGCUCCAUGAAAAUCAUCCACCUCCGCAGCCCACCCAGUGUGCCACUAUCGAAGUACCGUACCGUCCCCUACCACCACCCCUCGAAUGCCAAUCCCUAACUAACUAUUACUCCUACACCUCGGAACAUUCUGGGUUGUUUCUUUCUGUAGCUUCAAACCCCCCAAGAAACCUGCUUUCCACCCAUACCAUCCAUACCUAUGUGAUGGGACCUGACGCAUGUUGAGCACGUCGGCUGCAGUCGCGCCUCCUCACAAAAGGCCAUGAUGGUGCUAGUUGCAAACAUGGUCGUAUCGACGACGACAGCAAGACCACGCGUCGCAAACCUCUCAACCCUCCGUCGCCUGCGAGCCGCCGUCAGCGCCGCCGCUCGUGCUGCACAGGCGCCGAGGCCUGCGACUACUGCCAAGCUUACCACCCUCCAAGAAGCGAAUCCUCGGAACCUGCCAGAGGUAUGGUUCAGAUCUACAUUUCCCUUCGGGGGCCCUCAGCCGGUUAUGCCCAACGGCCGGUCUCCGCCGCCUGACCCUCGCAAGGUUAAGCUCGGAAAAACUCUUCGUAUCCUCCAGGAGCGCCUUCCAACACUCCUCGAAUCGCCUCUCCCGCAGGAAAUCCUCGCGCCCAACAUUUCCCUGCAUCUCUUCCCCUCGACGCACCAGCAUCUGCCCGCAGUGUCAGGCCGCGUCGCCUAUAUUGCCGCGCUAUGGACGAGCCCGAUAGCGUGGAACCGCGUGCCGCUGAUUGGCAACAACCGCCUCGAGAUAUUGUCAGAGCGCAUGGUCGACCAACCGAUACAGUCGACCCCACGGAGGACCGGCGCCACGGGGGAGCAGCUCGUUGUGCGCUGGCGCAGCCUGGGCGGCGGCAACGUCCUCGGGCUUGGCUCCGGUGAUGGCGACAGGAGCAAGGAGUUUGUCGGCCUGUUCAUCUUUGAUUUCGAUGUCGAAGGGAGGAUCCUGAGCCAUACCAUCGAAACUGUCCAGGAAGGUGGUCACUGGGAGAAGGGAGUCGGUGCCAAGGUCGUCGGGCUGACGGAUUGGCUUCUCGGAAAUAUCAGGAGAGGCGGCGCACCUGAAGGUAGUCUGGCUGCCUACCAUGCGCCGCGUAUAAGAAGAAGGAGGUGACUGCUACCCCGUGCACCAAUUUUACGACAAGCCUCGAGACGACAAGUCGAGGUCACCAAUGCUACGAUGCGGAGCCAAGGCUCAUUAGGAAUAUAAUUGCGACUACUAAAUGUGAUAUUACACAGUCAUCGUUCGAGGAGGUAAAAAAGGGCCAAGAUGAGAGGCCUGCGGGCAUGAAUGGGGAUAGAGGUGCAGGGAGGAGGAUAAGGGGACACCGAAAGCUUCGGAUGCAUGUUUUCGGCAGCAGGGCUGAUUAUACGAUAUUGCAUAUUACGGCGACUGACGACGACAUAGAGUGUACGAUCGUGAACUUCAUUUUUACCGAGGGCACAAGAGGCGCCACUUCAUAUCCCUCGUUGUAUUAUUUUUUGUGCGAUGUGGACUAGAGAUUUAGUCAAAGGAAAUCACUCCAAUUCGAUAAUAUAUGAAAAUGUAUGUCAACCCAGGUCAGUCAAGUACAGCAUCGGAUUUGUUGUCCCAAGUG